CAGCAGCCGCAAAGGCGUCGACGGUGCCGGCGACGACGUUCCUCAGUCUUCGGGUUUGCCCCAGCUGCGCAGGCCGGCCUGUGCGGAGGGCUCGGUUGUCACCGGCGGCGACCCUAGGGGGUCCGCGGCGCCAUGGAGGGGCGGUAGUCGGCCUAGGAACAGCGAGGCGUGGGCGGUGGCGGUCAUCCGGUCGCGGCGACCUUCAGCGGGGCCCAGGUGUGGGGAGGUCCGGGGCGGGGGUCGUCCCGGGCAGCGCGGGGCCGCGGGGCGGGGCUCGCAGGCCAUCGGGGAGCAGGAGGCCUGGGCUGCCGCGAGGAGCUGCCGCCGGCCGCUGGACCCCGCCGCCGGGCCACUCGACGACGACGCUCCCGCGGGAGACCCGCCUGAGGAGGACGCGGCGGCGGCGGCGGCGAGGCCGCGGGAGGCCGCGGAGGAUGGAGGAGCGGAAGGAGGAGGGGGAGGCCGAGAUCCAGGAGCACGGGCCCGAGCACUGGUUCUCCAAGUGGGAGCGGCAGUGCCUGGCCGAGGCCGAGCAGGACGAGCAGCUGCCCCCGGAGCUGCAGGAGGAGGCGGCGGCCGCGGCGCAGCCGGAACACAAGCAGCAGAAGCUGUGGCACCUCUUCCAGAACUCGGCCACCGCUGUGGCCCAGCUCUAUAAAGACCGAGUGUGUCAGCAACCAGGACUUUCUCUCUGGGUCCCCUUCCAAAACGCAGCCACCGCCGUCACCAACCUCUACAAAGAAAGCGUGGAUACUCAUCAGCGAAGUUUUGAUAUUGGAAUUCAGAUUGGCUAUCAGCGACGCAAUAAGGAUGUGUUGGCUUGGGUUAAAAAGCGCAGAAGAACUAUUCGUAGAGAAGAUUUGAUCAGCUUCCUGUGUGGAAAAGUUCCUCCACCACGAAACUCUAGAGCUCCCCCAAGACUGACUGUAGUGUCCCCUAACCGAGCUACUUCAACGGAAACUAGCUCAUCUGUAGAGACUGAUUUGCAACCCUUCCGGGAAGCCAUAGCUCUGCAUGGUCUUAGUGGUGCAAUGGCUAGUAUAAGCGUGCGUUCGAGUACCCCAGGCUCUCCUACACAUGUAAGCAGUGGAUCGAAUGCUAGUCGAAGGAGAAAUGGACUCCAUGAUGUCGAUUUGAACACUUUCAUAUCAGAAGAAAUGGCACUCCACUUGGACAAUGGUGGAACUAGAAAGCGUACCUCAGCCCAGUGUGGCGAUGUCAUUACAGACUCACCAACCCAUAAACGCAACAGAAUGAUCUAAACCGCAAACAUUUUCACACCCACCAUGCUGCUUGAAAGCCACUUGAUCCUCAACAUUUACUAUUAUUGCAAAGGAAACAUGAGGCCAUCUUCCCUUGUUCACUGUUUAAGACAAGUGAAUUCUAUAGUGGUUGCCAUAAAAGGAAGUUGUAGGUAUUGACAGUAGAUGCCUCUUGUAACUAUGGCUUUCUUAAAACUUAUAACCCUAGCAGAGGACAUCAGAUAUCGUGUAGUCGUUAGCAAGAUCAUCAUAGGCAAACAUAUGUAUCUGUUCCAAGGCGAAAAGUGACCUUAACUGUAUUUAUUCUCAAAGGGAAAGGAAAUAAUCAGAUGUUUAUUUGGUUAUAGAAUGCUUUUUUUCUUUUUCCUUUUUUUCGUUGUCCAUUUCCUGCUGUUUUGAGUAUUUUGCUUCCAACAAUAUUGCCAGGUUCCCAGAAUUGUCUAAAACACACGAUUUGGCUUCUUUGUCAAAUCUCUAGCCUUUCAUUUUUGUAGCGGCACUGUACCAUGCACCUGGUUUCUAUAUAGUAACAGUGUGCAACUUCUAAUUAUUGGACUAUGCCCUGUGUUUAGUUUUCACAGCACUUGCUGAUUCUGGUGAUUGUGUGAUGUACAGAGGUGCUAUGAUGGUCAUGCAAUUAGUACUAAAUACUGAACCAAUACACAGAACUUGACUGGAUUCACUUUGUGUGUGUUAGUGCUCUAAGAGUAGCAAUAUUACUAAAUCUCCCCCAGAUUCACCCUGUAGGCUUAAACUCUUCAGUUUAAAGACAAGUACUACUUCCCACACAGGGUCCUAUCCUUCCGGGAAAUGUUAACAUGUAGACAGUACUCAAGGUGGCCUUGAGUUCAUGAACUUUGAGAAUGGGCUUCCUUUUUGGUUUAGUAUUUGUGAAGGGAGAUGGAUGGUGGGAGGGUAUUCCAGUCUUUCUGUCCUGUUUAUAUUUUUCAUGAGUGCUCUACUUUGUGCAAUUUCCAUUGGAGUGGGUGAAAGAUAAAAAAAAAGUCUUUCAUCUGCUAAUAAUGUGAUCACCAAUAGCAAAACCCAACUCUCCGGUCCCUCUCCUAAAAAAUGCAGUUUGGAAUCUCAUGGAAAAGAUGGAAUCGCAUGGAGGUUCUCUAGAUGUUAGGUAGACCUAAAUAAAAGUUCUCAAUAGACUCCUCUUUUGAGUAAAUAUACGACCUCUUGUAGCUACAAUGUUUUAAAGCAUGUUUCAUCUUCAUUUUUAAUACCUUGAACUGAAUGAUAGUCUCUCUUAGAUGAAGAACUGAUGUCAGCCUGCCAGGUACUGUAAUUUAUUCUAUCAUAUUAUUAUAUAAUAUAUAUCAAGUAGGACAGUGAAAAACGUUUCCUUGCAAACUUGUAGUCCAGUAUCAUUUACUUCCUGUUUUUAUCCUUAAAACACCAUUGCGAAUCAGCAAGGGUUUCCAGUAAUUUACUCACAGCACAUUGUUAAAGUUUGCCAUUCUUCAGCCAUUUAAUAACAUCUUUAUGUGAGGAAACUUAGUGCUAAGUUAACCAUAAUAUUCAUUAACUGGGUGGGAUGUGAAUGAAUGUUAGAAAUGUUGUGCGAACCGAAGUUCUGUAUUCAUUAUCGAUAUAGCCCUUAUUUAAAAAAGUCAGUUCCAUACUAAAACUAGGAAUGAAAGUGAGGUAUUUCUCAAUUUUUGCAAAAGUGGAUCAUUUUUUGCUUGAAUAUAAUAGGAAGAAUUAUAGCAAUUUGUCAUUUUACCUGAAAACGGACAAGCCUCUGUAUUAUGAAUACUUUCAAGCUUCCCUUUGGAAUAUACCAAGAAAUGCAUUAGAAGUUAUUUUUGUUUUUCUGUGGUUGUAAAUUUAGAUUCUGGAAUUGGGGUUUGGUGGUGUAUGUGUUGCUCACAAGUGGCCAGAACCCCUAUUCCUAAAGGAUUUUGAGAUUGAGGAACACAUAUUUACUCUCCCCUUUAUGCCUUGGUUCUAGUUCCUCUUUCCAAAUUGAGUGACAAUUUUUUUGGGUUGUUUGUUUUAGUUGGUGCUCUGACGCUUAAUCUCAGUACCCUUUACUCUCGAUUGUCAAAUUUUGAUAAAACAUGUGCCAUUUUCUUUGGUAAGAGAAAGCAGGUCUUAAUGUCUGCCAGAACACAAUUUAUAUGCCUUAUUGGCUCCAUUAAACUUUUUAAAAACUUCA